AUGCGCCAGCAGGCCGAGACGCUCCAGUACGAGAUCGACGCGUGGGAGCGCAAGGCGGAGCUUUGCAAUGCCUCUGGCGAGAAGGGGCUGUGGAUUGCACUGGCGGCAGGGCUGGCGUGGUCGCAGUCCAAGGCGGGAAGCUUCUUCAAGGGCAUCGCCGAGGAGGGGAGCGUCCCCGCGCCGUCCUGGAACGGCAGCUCAGAGGAGGCCAAGAAGGAGUAUCUCAAGGAUGUGCGCCAGAAGAUCGCCUUGUACGAGAAUCAGCAUCAGUUGCUCUGGGCACAGAAGAUGGACACGUCAGAGUGCGCUCAUCAUCUCAGCGUUCUACGACGGUGCUUGAUCGCCCACUUGCCUUUCGAGGUCCAAAUGACCAUGGUGGAAAGCAGUCUGACGCGCAUGACAGCACGCGGAGAGUCGGCCCGCAAGCAGUGGGAGGAACAGCAGAUGGAGGCCGACUCUUUGGAGGUGAACUUCGAGAGGGUGAUGGACCAGGUAAAGGCGCUCAAGGUCACGAAGGUUCAGCUCACGGAGGCGCUAGAGGACGAGCGCGAGUCCACAGAGGCUUGCACGGAGGAGGAGCUAGCGGGGGCUUCGGUGGCACAGCCACCCCCCGCAGCGGGCUCGGCCACAGCGGCCGCGGCCCCGAGGGCAGCGAUGGCGGCAGCCCAGCCGAGCGUGCCAGCGCCCCCUCCUCCGCCAGCACCAACGACGGCCAAAGCAAGUGCCGCAUCACCAAGGUCGCCGACAGUGUCCCAGAUGCAAGGGGAGGUCGAGAAGCAGCUGCCGCCAGCGAAGGAGGAGAUCGCGACGCUGUCCGAGCGCAUGCGCAAAAUCAUGAUGGAGGUCAUGGCCAACCGCGCUGCGCCGACGGGGGCUCCUGCCUCUCCAGAGUCGGUGCGUUCAUCUCCGAAGGUCAAGCCGAAAGAGGAGCCCGCGGCCGAGGUCGCCGUCCUUCGGCCGUCCGAGAUCGAGGAGCGCAGAGAGGUUCAACAGCCGCCGUUCAGCAUCGGAGGCAGCCAGACCACGCAGCCCCAGUACCAUCAGCUGUUCAACCUCGUGGUGUUCUUCGCCUGA